CCCACACAGUCACGUGGCGCGCAGGACAACAUGGCUGCGCCCGCGCUGGGGUGGGCCGGUGGGCGCCGCGCCGCGCUCCGGCUGCUGGUCCUGCUGCCGCUGCUCGCGCUGCCGGGCGGGGCGGCGGCGGGCGCGGAGGCCGGGGCGGGCUCGUGCGGCUGCGGCGCCCCCCAGCGGCCCGGGGUCCCCGGCAGCGCGGCCGCCGCGCACCGCUACUCCCGGGAGGCGAACGCGCCGGGCCCGGGUUCUGCCCCGCGGCCUCCCGCGCCUGCCAAGAUGGCCUCCAUUCCCGCCGGCGUGUUCACCAUGGGCACGGAUGACCCUCAGAUCAAGCAGGACGGGGAGGCGCCCGCCCGGAGAGUCACCGUGGACGCCUUCUACAUGGACGUCUAUGAAGUCAGCAACGCGGACUUCGAGAGGUUCGUGAACGCCACCGGCUACCUGACCGAGGCUGAGAAGUUCGGCGACUCCUUCGUCUUCGAAGGCCUGCUGAGCGAGCAGGUGAAGGCCGGCAUCCAGCAGGCAGUGGCGGCGGCUCCCUGGUGGUCACCUGUGAAAGGCGCCAGCUGGCGGCACCCGGAGGGGCCCGACUCCACCAUCCUGCACAGGCCGGACCACCCGGUGCUGCACGUCUCCUGGAACGACGCGGCGGCCUACUGCGCGUGGGCCGGGAAGCGCCUGCCCACCGAGGCCGAGUGGGAGUACAGCUGCCGCGGGGGCCUGCAGGACAGACUCUUCCCCUGGGGCAACAAGCUGCAGCCGAGGGGCCAGCACUAUGCCAACCUCUGGCAGGGCGAGUUUCCCGUGGCCAACACCGGCGAGGACGGCUUCCGAGGCACCGCGCCCGUCGAUGCCUUUCCUCCCAACGGCUACGGCCUGUACAAUAUCGUGGGGAACGCGUGGGAGUGGACGGCAGACUGGUGGACUGUGCACCAUUCCGCUGAGGAGGCACUUAACCCAAAGGGGCCGCCCUCUGGGAAGGACCGGGUGAAGAAAGGCGGCUCCUACAUGUGCCAUAAGUCCUACUGCUACAGGCACCGCCCUCCCCUCUCCCCCCUGCAGUCCUACUGCUACAGGUACCGCUGUGCGGCCCGGAGCCAGAACACCCCCGACAGCUCCGCCUCCAACCUGGGAUUCCGCUGCGCCGCCGACCACCUGCCCGUCACCAGCUGAGGCCACGCCGAGCCCAGGCCCAGGAGAAGGCGUGUCCGACCCCCCGCUCGGCCUCCCUGGGCAGGAGGGCCCCGUGUACAGACCCCGGGGCGGGGCGGGGCGGGCCCGCCAGCUGCCAAAGGAACUGCCUGUGAGACCAAAUCACUGGCCUGCUCUGCACGUGGCCGUCGGUGCUGGUUGGGGACCAUUGCCAUGUUUCCCUUUGGGGCUUUUAUAGGGGGAGGGAGCCCGGAGCGAGGCUGCGGGGCUGUGCUCUCCCUGGCGCUUCUGGGUUAGACCCCGGUCUGCAGUGACCGUCGGCCAGGGAGGGGUGCUGGGCCUCAGGCUUCACGGUUCCACACGUCAGGUGGAGUGAUUUCAAAGCAUGUGUGACGGGUCAUUUCUGAGCUGCUCCCACGUGUGACCUGUGUAUCCUAAUCAUGUGACGUGAGAGUUCUCUUAGGCUUUUGGGGUGGGGGGGGGCGCGCUGAGCCUUACAGUCACUUGCACUUUGGUUUUCAAGGACAAGGGCGUCGCUCAUGCUUUAUGGCGACUCCCAUGGCCGUGGCCGUGGCCGUGGGUGUGAGGCCAGCCUCCGGGCGCGCAGGCAGCCUGCGGUGACUCUGAGCUUUAGCUUUAACGUUAAGUGCCUUUGGUUCAGGGGGGCAGUCACAGCCCAGCCCCCUCCCCAAAGCUCCUGUGGGUGUGGGCGCGUGCCAAACGGAGAAGCCUGUGAGCCCAGACGCAGGGGCGGAGGCGAGCGGGGACUGCCCUCAGGCCCGAGUGGGGAGGGAGCAGGGCGCUGGCUGCGGGGCCGAUGCCUGAACCAGCGUCAGUGGAAUAAACUGUGUGCCGAGUCCGCCUCACACCCACAUCCUUUCU